AUGUCGGAUUCUCCAAUAAGUCCAACAACUGGCAAACCCAAGUCAAAGGUCUAUGAAGGGCAAUGUCACUGUGGUAGAGUCAAGUUCACCAUGAAGCAUUCCCCUCCUAUCGAAGAUGGACAAGUGAGCAGUUGUAAUUGCUCGAUAUGCCACGCGAAUGGUUAUUUGAUGGUCUACCCUUUGGAGACCAACAUCAACUGGAUCUCCGGCAAAGACAACAUGACGAGCUACUCCUUUGGACCAGAACGCAUCGCCCACUCGUUCUGUCCGACUUGCGGGACGAGCGUGUCUGGGAAAUCCACCGAUCCUAACUUCUUCGCUGACAAUCGAGCCGUCAAUGUCCGUACUCUCAGAAACCUCGACGUUCCAAUUGACCAACUCAAGAUAAGGAAGGUCAAUGGUCGUGCUUCAUGAUCCUGGAAAUGGAAUUUCGAAGGACUCUCAUCAGGAUUUUGUCCCAAAGAAGAACCACGGUCGAUAGUCCUGAACAACAUAUAUGGAGACAACCGCUAUACGACAUCAUUCCGUUUCAUAUGAAAUGUGGAAUGCGGCUCAGUCUAU